UUAUCUUAUCAACAAUCUCCCUCUAUUUUUAACCGUCUCCAACCAACUACUCUCUCUCUCUCCUCUCAAAAUGGCUAUGGCUUCCUUCUCCAACAUUUCUUCAACACACUUAUUCUCACACCACCAUCAAACUCAAACCAACUUCUACACUCAUUCCUCUUUACAAACUUUCACCAUCACAACCCACCAUGGAAUUUUCACAUUCUUCUCUUCCAAGCUUAAUCAUUACUCUCCCCCCACUCAUUUGCUCCGUUCUCCGGUUUCCGCCACUUUCUCAUCCGGAAAUAGCGGUGGGUUUUCGGGGAACGGAGGUGGCGGCGGCGGCGAGGGUGGGGGCGGUGAAGAGGAAGAAAGGGACAGAAAUUGGGAAGAGGCAAUGGUGGCUAUGGCGGAGGCCAGAAGGUCGCUGGAGAGUUUUCCGGCGGAUUUGGCGGUUGCUGUUAAGGCGGGACGGGUGCCGGGUUCGAUAGUGCGGAGGUUUUUUGAGUUGGAGGAAUCAGUUGUGUUUAGGUGGUUGUUAAAAUUUGGAGGGUUUAAGGAAAGAUUGUUGGCUGAUGAUUUGUUUUUGUCCAAGCUUGUUAUGGAAUGUGUUGUUGUCAUCUUCACCAAGGCUGCUGCCGAAUUCAAGCGGCGUAAAGAAAAUUUCACAAAGGAGAUGGAUUUUGUUGUUGCUAAUGUGGUAACAGGCAUUGUGACAGGUUUUGUACUUGUGUGGGUUCCUGCUCCCACUGUUUCUCUUAAACCUCCUCUUGCAGUUAGUGCUGGACUGAUUGCCAAAUUCUUCUAUGGCUGUCCUGAAAAUGCUUUUCAGGUGGCUUUGGCAGGAACAUCAUACACACUUCUACAAAGAAUAGGAGCUAUAGUGCGUAAUGGAGCAAAGCUAUUCGUAGUUGGAACCGGUGCUUCACUGGUUGGUAUAAGUAUAACAAAUGCAUUGAUAAAUGCACAGAAGGCUAUAAACAAAGCAUUAUCUGUUGAGAAUUUACCUGUUAUAUCAACAAGUGUAGCAUAUGGUAUUUACAUGGUAGUAGUUAGCAACCUCAGGUACCAAGUACUUGCAGGAAUUAUUGAGCAACGGAUUCUUGAACCGUUGCUACGUCGAAACAAGCUUAUACUAACUGCAGCAUAUUUCACUGUUAGAACUGCCAAUACUUAUUGGGGAUCACUAUUGUGGGUGGAUUUUGCUAGAUGGGUUGGAGUCCAGAAGAUAAAGAGUUAAUCAUUAUUAUACAUCACAGUGUGUGUGUAUAUAUAUAUAUAUAGUCAUGAGUUCAAUUGAUCAAAGUAUGAGUAUAUUUGUGUGAAUGAUUGGUUCUUAAAUUUGUUCCCUUGCAUAUAUUGUUUCUGAAAAAAAUGCUGAUUUGUGUGUGGCAUAGUCACCAUCUUGUAUAGUUGACCACAACACAUGGCAAUACCAAUGGUGAUUAGUACAAGUUUCCUCAUAAAGUUGAGUCUCUAAGUUUAUUAUACAAUUAUGGCAAUUACUUGCAAAUGUUUACUUUGUUUGGUAAAAUCAAAUUCCAUGAUAUGUAACUCAUUAACAACAUCAGUUCAA